CCUCUUUGUUCUUAGUUUUCUGCUUCACUCUGUUUCACGCUCACUCUCUCUCUCAACCCCAUUGCAAUUUCACUCUGUUUUGCUCUGUAAUCCAUGGCUUCUUCUGCAAAUCCGUGUCGUACAGAGACUGUGCCUCCCUUCUACUUCGACGAGAAGUGGAAGUUGUCCAAGAAAGAGGCUUCUUCUAGAAGCCGCUCUUCCAUUUCUUCCUCUUCGUCUUUCAUGAAGAAUUCGACCGACACUCGGAGGCGCUGCGCCUUCGCCAGAAAGUGCGCCAAGCUCGUCAAGGAACAGAGGGCUCGAUUCUACAUCAUGAGGCGCUGCGUCAUAAUGCUCAUCUGCUGGCGCGACUAUGGCGAAUCCUGAAGACACAGCCAACAAAGGGGAUCUCGAAGAGAUACUCCAAGAGAAAAGUUUCUCUCUCUCAUCCUCACUCUUUUUUCCAGAUCCUUCGCGAGGAAGACUCGUAGCGAUGAUACACCUGUACAUAUAAAGUUAUUCUUCUUUCUCUCUUUUGGUUCUUCUCAGGUGGUUUAGAAUUGGAAUAGAAACUUUUUUUUUCUCCCUUUUAGGGCUAUGCAUCUCCAUUGAUGGAGGUUUCUUGGUGGUGGUAGUGUUAAUAGUGCUAUAGAAGAGAGACUAGAAUGAAGGAAUUUAUGAAUUAACAUACAGUUUUGUUUGAUGAUUAAUCUACUCGGCUUUUCUGUGUUACUGUUGAGUUGAAUUUGUGGCUUUGCUUGCUACUUCUGG